UUUUUGUAUUUAUUUCACCAAUUAAUAUUCGUACAUUACUUUUACACCUCAGUAAAUUACUUGUCUAUAAAGGUAAAGGUUCCUUAUAAAAUGCAAUUGUGCAAUUCGUUAGAAGAAAAGUUUUAAGCAAGGCAAAUUUGAGUUCAGUCUCCCUCCUUGAAUUAUUUUCCUUUCUGCAAGGCAAUAUACUACUACCACUACCUAAUAUUAAUUAAAAUGCUGUUAACUGACCACUAGGUAAUAGAAACUACAAGAAGCAUGUGUUAAUUAAGUUAUAACGCGAUAUGCGAGUAGACGCGUUUUAAAAUGAAUAAAAAUAUAAAGUGUUGCGCGAUUAGAAGGUAUUUUGUGAUUUUCUUAAUUUAUUAUGUAGCUUUUUGCGCAAAAGCAAAUGUAAAAGUAACAGUUAAACAAGGAGAAAUAGAAGGGAAAUUAUGGAAAAGCAAGCAGGGCAGAACAUUUUCGGCUUUCUUAAGCAUUCCCUACGCUGAAGCUCCUGUUGGGGAUUUACGAUUUAGACCUCCUGUACCUGUAAAGUCCUGGAGCGGCAUAAAAGACGCUACAAAAGAUCACGAUGUUUGUCCCCAGAGAAAUAUUUACACCAGAUCGGACUUGAUAGAAGGAAAUGAAGAUUGUUUAUAUCUAAAUGUGUAUACUCCAAAGAUAACAAAUAAAACUGAGGAACUGGUUCCAGUUAUGGUAUUUAUUCAUGGCGGAGGGUGGCUUUGUUGUGCCGGAAAUUCGUUAUAUUACGGCCCUGAUAUCCUUCUCGAAAAUGAUAUUGUAUUGGUAGUACCAAACUAUAGAUUAGGUCCGCUCGGUUUUCUAUCGACGGGGGAUGAAAUUGUUCCCGGAAAUAAUGGAUUGAAAGACCAAAGUUUAGCAUUGAAAUGGAUAAAGGAGAACAUACAACAAUUCGGAGGUGAUCCAAACAAAAUUACGGUGUUCGGUGAAUCCGCGGGUGGUUCUAGCACGCACUUUCUGAUGAUGUCACCGUUAACUAAAGAUCUCCUUUACGCUGGCAUAUCCCAAAGUGGAAAUGCUUUUACAAGCUGGUCCUUAUCUAGACAUAACGAAACCGAAAAUAAUUCUAGAAAAUUGGCUUCGCUAUUAAAUUGUCCUGAAAAUCCCAGCACCGCUAUGGUAGAAUGUUUACGUAAAAUUGACAGUCACACCAUCAUCGCCCAAGACGAAAAAUUAACAAUAUGGGACACCGAUCCAAUGAUUCCCUUUAAACCGGUUAUCGAACCCAACGUAGAAGGUGCUUUUUUAUCCGAGCAUCCUUUGGAUAUAAUAAAAUCCAGAAGAAUGGCCGAUGUACCGUGGAUAACAGGGAUAAAUACUGGCGAUGGAGCCUUAAGGUCGGCUGGUAUUUUUGGAAAUCAACACUUACUGCAGGAAUUCGAAGAUAAAUUCGACGACAUUUUGCAGUACAGUCUGUUGUAUUAUCAUUUGCCGGGCGAUAAGCAGCGUCUUACGCAUCGAAUAAAACAUUUUUACUUUCAGACUCAAAAUCCGAAACAUUGUCGUGAAAUCGUGACCAACCUCUUUACAGACGCUUGGUUUCUGGAUGGUACAGACGCUGCUGUAAGACUGCACAUUAAAUACUUAAAAAGUCCUGUAUUUUUAUAUUUGUUCGGGUACAGGGGUACCUCUAGUUAUACAGAGAUUUUUGGCGAUCCCGAUCAAGAUUACGGAUCGUGUCAUGCGGAUGAAUUACAAUAUUUAUUUCCGGUUGGCGACGUUUUGUUUCAUAAGGAAUCUAGCGAAAACGAUAAGCAAAUGACCGAAGUUAUGUCUAAUUUAUGGGUCAAUUUCGCCAAAACUAGAAAUCCAACACCCAAAAAAUUAGAGGCGAAUAUCAAUGAAAAAUGGCUACCAGCAACAUCAGAAGACAUGAUGGAAUAUUACAGCAUCGAAAAUGACAAAACGCUAAAGAUGAAAACAAAAAUGUAUAACGAAAGGGUUCAAUUUUGGAGGAAGAAUUCCCCCUAUUUGAAUCUUAAAAGUUCCAGAAGUAUCGACGAACUUUAACAGUGGACUGUAGGUACUUAGAUACGUUAAAGAAUAUCGAGAUGCAAAAUAUUUUUUCUACAAUGAAAACCUGUGUAUUUGUUUAUAA